AUAGUGUGCCUUCAGUUUUCUCACGAGUAACAUAACAAUUCACAGUCUUUAUUGAAUCAGAACCUUCCACCACUAGUUGCCUGUUUGAAGCUCCUCAACGUCCAAAGAAUCAUUAUCAAUAUCCAAAAGUGGCGGGCUUAUUAUACAAGUUUUCUAUCAAACAACAAGGAACAAUAAGAAACAUUGACUAGAAACUGAUCCAAAUAGCAGAGGAUCAUCCGUGAAGAUGGCACCUCAAUGGAUGCCACAGAACCUACAGAAAAGGCUUCUUUUAUAUAUCCUUCAACAACUUUCAUUGUUUUCAGAAAUUGAUCUACCAAAUCUAGAUGUUUCACUUGGAUCAAGCUCUCAAGUCACAUUAAAGGAUGUUGAGAUUGAUCCAGAUGCUUUACAGCUCCCAGGAAUAUUUUUAAGAGAUGGUAAAGUCAGCAACUUGAAACUACAGCUAAAUAUGAGUGGCGGUGUUACUAUUGAAGGAGAUGGAUUAGAAUUAACCAUGGCGCUUGCCUCUCCAAAUUCAAGUAGCUUUGAAAACAGCAUCACAGAAAAGUCAAAGUUCUCACUAGCUCAAAGUACAAUAGAUUUAGCUGCAAGUGUCAUGAAUACAGGUAAUGAUGAAGAAGGCUUAGAAAGUUUACAUGAUUUUCAAACCCCAAACCAAAGCUUUCAUGAAAGUUCAAAUGACUCUGAUAAAGAUCAAACAAGUACGCUGAAUAAUGUUAUGGCAAAAGCAGUUGAGGCUGCGCUUGCAAGGCUACAGGUAACAUUGACAAAUAUAUCGGUGCGAUUAAUCAUGGAUCAAGCUACUAUUGAUUUGCUGGUGGAAAAAGUUACAUUUACUACAAAUGAUGGAGUAAGAAGUGUUGAUAUUUCAGACGUUACUGUGAUUGCAGUCAAACCAGUAAGUGGCCCUGGUGAGGACCAGGCAAAAGAAGAUUCACCUGCUGACAAGGAACAAACGACCAAGGAGGAUAGGUUUUCGACUUUACAUACAAGAAGAUCUAAAGAAGAUGAAGAAGAUGAUUAUGAAGAUAACGUCAGUGAUCAAAGUGAUAGUGAUGAAGAUGCUGAUAAUGAUGAGAUGAUGUCUUCGUCAAUUCUUGAGAGACCUGCAGACUUAAAUUCAAGCUUAGUAUAUUCAAAGGAGGAAGCUAGUUCAAUUUAUAUGAGUGCGACCUCAAAAGUUUUCACUCGCAGAAAUAAUGAUGACCAUGUCGCUAGAGUGAUGGCAAUAAACCAUAUCAAUGUUUUAUUUAGUGGCCUAUCAAAGCUAGAAGAUCUCACCAUUGAAGUUGAUGAGGUCAAAAUAGCAGCUACUCCAGUUCCAAAUACAUUACUAUAUGUGCUAGAAUCUUUGGCAAUACUAAACCUGAAAGAUACAAUUCAUAGACAUUCAAGUUUAAAUACAAAGUUGAGGCAAAAGAAAAAUAUUUCAGCUAAAGAUGUUGAAGAGUCCGCUAAAAAGCUUUUUGAAUCUAUAUCUGCCAAUACCAUUGAGAUUAGUCUUGUCUCAUCGUUGAUGGAGAAUGGUCAAUUUGCUAAGCCAGAGGAACUCAGAAUCAUCGGGAAAAACUUCACAUUGGAACAAAAAGAUUCUGAUUAUAUGUUUGGUAGCUUGAAUAAAUUAUCCAUGUUGAAUAAUAAAGAUGAUAUACUACUGCAAUUUGAUGAAGAUAAGACAAAGAAUGACAUAAGAUUCGAGUCCAAAGGUAAGACAAGUGAGCUUACUUUAUUACUUUCUAAGAAUUUGGAGAUAAGCUUAGAUCAAGAUACCAUUCAAAAAUUUAUCAACAUUACUUCAUUGUUACCACAAAUUUUGGACUCAUUGCACAAACUCAGCACAAGCAAACCAAUAAGGAAACCUUCUAAAAGUUCAGUGUUAUUUCAAAAUGCUUCAACAACAAUCAAUUUCAAAAUCAACGAGACCACUACAAUCAAUGCUUGUAUCUACCCAAUUUCUUAUGAUUCCACAAAGGGUUCCUUGUCGUUCAAUAAGGCAACUUUGUCAAGAAAUGACGUUCCAUUGGUUUCACUGUUCAAGUUUGAUGUUGAUAUAUUAGCAGCUGAGAAGCAAAUUAGAUCAUUUGAUAAUUCUGGCCACGAGAUUGUGCUCACAACACCUUGUUUUGUGAAAAUUGAUAGGAUAGAAUUGAAUCAUGAGUAUCCUGAUUUAAAAACCUCUUCGGAUUCGUUAACCGAACUACUGAAAGAGAUUUCAUUUCCUGUUGAAGAGAUCAGAUUUAAAGCAAGAAAGAAAACUAGGAUCUCAACAAAUGUCAUGUUUCAAUCAAGACAAUCAGUCAAACUCCAAGCUUCUAUCGGUGUGAUUUCUCUUGGGUUGAAAAACCUUCAUCCAAGAUUUGGUGAUGUUAGUGGCUUUCUAAAAAAUGUUACUUUGCUGAUUUAUAAAGAUAAUCAAGUUCAAUUACAUUCAAUGAAUGUUGAUUUGAAGAGAAUUUUUGGUUCAGUUAAAGAGGCUAUUGUCGAGCCAAUCAAUAUUGAAGAUCGAAGUGCUCCAAUAUUUUCAGCUAAAAUUAGAGAACCAAAAAACAUCAAUUUGUUUUUGAGAAAUUCAGUUGUUGAAUACUAUACCAAAUGGUUGUCCAUAUUUGAUGAUUCCGGGUUAAAAGAUGAUAGCUCUAUGAACAGCACUGAAAAUUUAAUACUUGGUCCUUCUCAAGAGAGCGAUGGUGGAUUAAAUGUUAAAAUGGACUUGGUUGAUUGUGCUAUUGGUUUAAAUCCGGGUCGAUUAUCAUCAAAGGCAAAUUUGGUUAUUCGCAAUGGUACUAUUGAUGUUAAACUUGAAAGAAACAUUAUAGUUAAGUCUCAAUUAAGAUCUGCUGUCUUGGUUCUAAUUGAUGAUACCAGGAAUAUCUUAUCAUUAGAAGAUGCCAAAAGAUGGAGAAACAUCAAUCGUAAACCAUCUUGGUCACAGGUUUCAUUUUUGAAUAGUAGAGGGUACUCAUCAGUAGCAAACAUCAAUUCGUUGCAUUUAGAGACUACAAUUAAAAAAGAUGGACGUGUGAAUGAAAAAGGAGGUUUGGAUAGUAUGAUUGAAAUGGAUAUUAAUGCUGAUUUAUUGGAUAUUGAAUUAUGUGCUGACUCAUCACAAUGCUUGGUUCAGUUGAUCAAUGAUUUAAAACAACCCGUUGCCAUCAAUAAUGAUUUGAAAUAUAGAUAUAAGGUCCCUGAUGAUCUGAAUGUAUUUGAUGAUAUUGAUAGUGAAACAUUUAAAUCAACCAUUGAUGACUUGAUUAGCCCUAUCAUUGGUGGAAGUGGCUCAAACUCCGAACCUUUAAACAUCGUUGAUAGUUACUAUGAUGAUAAUGAGACUGUUAAUAACGAUGAAUAUAGGGAAAGCUCAGCAAAGCUAUCCGGCUCUGAUAUUCUGGAUAAGUCUUUGGAUGAAUUGGCAAUUAAAGAUGAGACCUUGGGAAACAAUCCAUUUUUCACAGGUGAAAGUAAUACAGACGGAGCUGGUUCUUCAUCAAAUACUGAAAAUAAAUCAGAUAAUUCAGAUUCAAUUAUUCUGUUCAAUGAUGGUCACUUUGAGGAUAGCUUGGAUUAUAGUAUCAAUCCAAUAAAGACCAAAAACCAUCCAAUGUCAUUGUCUUUAUACGUCAAUCAAAUUUCACUAAAGAUUUAUGAUGGUUAUGAUUGGAAACAUACAAGAAAAACAAUCAAUAUUGCUGUAAAACGGUUAGAGAAGAAGGCUGCUGAGGAGAAAGAGAAAAGGGAAGAAUCCAAUGGUCGGCCAAGAAGGGCAUCAAGUUCAUCUAAUGGUGAAAGGAAUGAAGGUCAAGAUGAAAUUAUUGGAGAAACUUUAUUUGAUUCUAUUCAUGUUGCAUUCCCAAUAAAUUCAGAUCCAUCUAAAUUAACUGCAAAGAUCAAUCGUGAUCUUCAAAGCAAAGAACCAGAAAUUGAUGAUCAAGAAUCAAAUGGUAUUGAUGUUGGUAAGAAUAAUAUAAAGAAGCUAAAAUUACGUCGUUCAAAAUUCCACAAAAUUUUAAUCGAACUUCAUGAAGUUGAGGCCAAAUUUACCAUUGUUUCUAAUAAUGAUCCAGUUAGUUCAUCAAAACUAAAGAAUGACAGAGAUUACGAGCUUUUGAAUGAGAUUGAUUUGAAAGUCGCAGAUUUUGAAAUUAUUGACAAUGUUCCUACAUCAACUUGGAACAAAUUUGUCACGUCAAUGAAAGACACAGAGAGGGAAGUUGGUGCUUCCAUGUUGAGCAUGAAUAUUAAAACUAUCAGACCGGUGUUGACUUUGGCUGCCACUGAAUUGUUGAUGGAUGUUCAUGUUUUACCUUUGAGAUUACACGUUGACCAAGAUACUUUAGAAUUAUUUACAAGAUUUGGUGAAUUCAAAGAUGUUCGUUUCAAUUUGGUUGAUGAAUUUGAAGAUGUUAUUUUCAUUCAAAAAUUUCAAGUUAACGCGGUGCAUAUUAAACUUGAUUAUAAGCCAAAGAAAGUUGAUUAUGCUGGAUUAAGGUCUGGUCAUACCACUGAAUUUAUGAAUUUUUUCAUAUUGGACGAAGCUGACAUGAUAUUGAAAAAAGUUAAAUUGUAUGGUGUAUCAGGGUUUCCACGCCUUGGCACAAUGUUGAAUGGAGUAUGGAUGCCAGAUAUUAAAUCUACGCAAUUAAGUGGUGUUUUAGCUGGGUUAGCACCUGUUAGAUCUAUUGUUCAAAUUGGGUCUGGCUUCAAAGAUCUUGUUGUUGUUCCUGUUAAAGAAUACAAGAAAGAUGGUCGUGUUUAUCGAAGUUUUUCCAAAGGUGUUCAACAUUUCACCAAGAAUACCACCAAUGAAUUGUUAAAAUUUGGUGUUAAGAUAGCUGCUGGAACACAAACAUUACUAGAGCAUACAGAACAAGCAUUAGGUGGUAAUGGUGCCUCAUCAAGAGUUUCACAAGAGGUUGGUGUUCGUAAAAGAAGAACAACAUCAACAAAUGAUAUUAUUUAUGAAGAACAUGAAGAAGAUUACAAUUCAGAAGAUGAAGAUGAAGGUCCUGGUCAAAAGAAUGGAUUGCUAGCUUCCCAAUUGAUUGGAAGAAGUUCAUUAUCAACAACGCCAUUACAAAGAUCAAUUUAUCAACCAGCUUUAGAAUCAUUUGUCGAUUUGGAAAGAGACAAUGCUGCACGUUCAAGUAGUCGCCAUGGUGGAUCAUCUCCAAGGAAUGGCCAUAAAAGAGAUGUUUUAUAUGUUGCAACCAGCGAUUUUGAUCAAUUUGAAGAUGAUUCAGAAGAUGAAUCGCAAAGAACCAUCAGUCUUUAUGCUGAUCAACCAACGAAUUUGAAAGAAGGAUUUCAAUUAGCUUAUGAUAGUUUAGGUAGACAUUUAUUAGUUGCUAAGGAUGCUAUAAUUAAUGCCGGUACAGAGAUUGGAGAUAGUGGUAGUGCCCAAGACAGUACAUUAGCUGUUGUUAAAGCUACACCAGUUGCAUUAAUAAGACCAAUGAUUGGAGCUACUGAAGCUGUUUCCAAAGCUUUAUUAGGGGUAACUAAUCAAUUAGAUCCAGAACAAAGAAAAUAUAUUGAUGAUAAAUAUAAGAAUUUCAACAAAAAUAAUAAAAAAAGGUGAAUCAUAAUAUUGGAAGCAAUAAGUAUAUAAUUUUAAUGACAAUUAUGCAUG